GAGAAGAGGAGGGAGGGAGGAGAAGGAAACAGGGGGAGAGAGAAUAGACAAAAGUUUCAGAAAACAAAAGGAGUGCCAGCGGACAGAAGAGUUGUGACUCAAAACUUUGGUUGGCUGCAUAUCUGAGAGAUGGGCAGCUACCCAAUCAUCUUGUUGCUGUGCUGUUUCCAUGCGCAAGUUGCAGUUGUCCGCGCCCAACAAACUGAGGUUACCGAAGAUGUAGUGGACACACCACCAUCUGACUGCCGGGAGGAGAUGUACCCCUGCACCAGGAUGUACUCCGUCCAUCGGCCCAUUAAGAGAUGCAUCCACUCCCUGUGCCUUUACAGCCUCCCUCGAGUCUACGUGAUCAACAAAGAGAUCUGUGUGCGCACCGUCUGCCAACAGGACGAGCUGCUCAAGGCCGAGCUGUGCAGGGAGAAAUCUGGCUGGCCCAAGCGUCUCACGAGGUCAACUAAAAAACGCUGUCGUCGUGGAAACACAAAAACCUGGGCAAACAAGGCUUGAUCAAGAGGAGGUGGCAACAUGGAGAAGCAGAAGAGAGAGAGAGAGGGAGUGUGAAAGGGAGGGGGUGAAUAACAAAUCACAAAAACUCCAGCUUAGCAACUGUUACUGUUUUCCUGACAGCAAUCCAGUUCAACAAUAAAUCUAAACUGACUCACUAAACUAUUUUAUAAUCAUUAAUCAAAAUUUGUUUGUUUGUUUAUUUGUUUUUUAAAUAACAACCACUUCGAUUAUAUGUGGAAAGUACACAUGUGAGGAAUCACUUUGUUAUUUAGAUGAUGUUCUCAUGUUUACACUGACAACAACAGAACACUUUGUUACGAUACUGAAUGUUGAAGUGUCUCACUGUUUUCUAGCAUAUUUCUACAUACCUGUACCUGUAUAGUUUUUUGCUAAAACUCUUAUUAUAUUAUAUCUACACAUUUCUACAAACCAGCCUUUGUCACUAAGAUGAAAAGGUGGGUAAAAUAAAUAAAAAUGAAAAAAAAAAAAAAAAAAAA